AAUCGAAGAUCAUGGGGCAUGAGUACAAAGAUUACUCCAAGGAAUCUUGCCCUUCAGUGAAGAACAUUCUACUUUUAGACUCUGAAGGGAAACGUGUGGCUGUCAAAUACUUCUCAGAUGAUUGGCCAACCCACAGUGCAAAGCUAGCAUUUGAGAAAUCUGUGUUUGCUAAAACUCUGAAGACAAAUGCACGCUCGGAAGUGGAGAUAACAAUGUUUGACGGUUACGUUGUUGUCUAUAAGUUUGUUCAUGACCUGCACUUUUUUGUCACCGCGGGAGAUGAUGAGAAUGAGCUCAUCUUAGCAUCUGUUCUUCAGGGCUUCUUUGAUGCAGUUGGACUUCUUCUCAGGAAUGAUGUAGAGAAGAGGACCGCUCUUGAGAACUUGGACUUGAUACUUCUUUGCAUUGAUGAAAUUGUUGAUGGAGGGAUUAUCUUGGAAACAGAUGCAAACACCAUUGCUGGAAAGGUUGCAACUAAUGCUGUUGAUGGUGCUGUUCCAUUUUCCGAGCAGACGAUAUCUCAAGCCCUCGCUACAGCAAGAGAGCAUCUAGCAAGAUCUCUUCUGAAAUGAUGGGUCAGCAUUUUCCUGUUCUUUCUUCAGUUGGAUUGUGUUAGUUGUAUUGUAUUCCAUAUACCCACAUAUAUAUUCUGUAUUUUUCCUGGCUUUGGUUGAACUUUUCAUUAUUCUUAUGAGCUUAUAUCUACAACUGCAUCAAUAUUAGUUUUUAGAUUGAAGCAUGUCAUGAACAUUGUGGAAAGUUUAGAUAAUAUAUGAUAGCUAGAGAUCUAGUAUCUGGGAAUUUCUAAACAUUUGAA